CCCGCGCGCGCCUCCGCGAUGCCUGUGUCGGGGGGAUUGGGUGCGCCUGGCCCUGUCCGAGCCUUGUAGAGACCGGCCCCUCCUCCUGCGCCAACCCCACCCACCGGCCUCUCCUCUCCACUGCGCUCCAUCACUGAGCGCUCUCCACCUGGUCUGCGAUUCUUCCGCCCCUCGCUCCAACCACCUCUCACACGGCCUGGGCGCUCUGGCCGAGCGGGCGGCAAGCUGGGGGGAUGCGCUCCGUCAAGGCUCUACAGAAUUCGCUGAGCAGGGCCGGCAGUCACUGCCGGCGGGGAGGCUGGGGUCACCUGAGCCAGAACCCUCUCCUUGGCUGGGGCGCCCGGCACCACCUCAGCGAGGCCGCGGCGCAGGGCAGGGAGACGCCGCACAGCCUCCAGACGCAGCACCAGGACCAGUAAGACUCGCGGGACAGGGGCAAGGGACAGGCUCGCUCCCACUCCCACUGCGGCUCCCGCUAGCUUCCGAGUCCUAUUCCCAUCUCCCUUCUCCUCUCCUCGCUUACUGGCCUGCGAUGCCUUUUCCUUUAGAUUUGGGGCUUUGGGUCCGCCACGCUCGGGCGGUAACGCGCCGUCCGCCCGGGAGGGCUUUUGGGCAGGUCGGCGCUCGGGAUGGUGCCUAUCCAAGUGACUCUUCAGAGAGUGGCAUGCUGUCCCGUCUGGGUGACCUGCUCUUCUACACGGUUGCUGAGGGACAGGAACGAAUCCCCAUCCACAAGUUCACCACUGCGCUGAAGGCCACCGGACUGCAGACGUCAGAUCCCCGGCUCCGGGACUGCAUGAGCCUCAUGCGCCGCAUGGUUCGAGAGUCCAACAGUGGUGGCCUCUUGGACCGAGAUCUUUUCCGAAAGUGUGUGAGCAGCAACAUUGUGUUACUGACUCAGGCCUUCCGGAAGAAGUUUGUCAUUCCUGAUUUUGAGGAGUUCACGAGCCACGUGGACCGCAUCUUUGAGGAUGCCAAAGAGCUCACUGGAGGCGAGGUGGCAGCCUACAUCCCUCAGCUGGCCAAGUCAAACCCGGGCCUGUGGGGCGUCUCGCUGUGCACCGUGGAUGGCCAGCGGCAUUCCGUGGGCCACACGAAGGUCCCCUUCUGCCUGCAGUCCUGCGUGAAGCCCCUCACCUACGCCAUCUCCAUAAGCACCCUGGGCACGGACUACGUGCACAGGUUCGUGGGCAAGGAGCCCAGCGGCCUGCGCUACAACACGCUCUCCCUCAAUGAGGAAGGAAUCCCCCAUAACCCCAUGGUCAAUGCUGGCGCCAUUGUCGUGAGCUCCCUGAUCAAGAUGGACUGUAACAUAGCAGAAAAGUUUGACUUUGUCUUGCAAUAUCUGAACAAAAUGGCUGGGAAUGAAUACAUGGGUUUCAGCAAUGCCACAUUCCAGUCAGAGAAGGAAACGGGGGAUCGCAAUUAUGCCAUCGGGUAUUAUCUGAAGGAAAAGAAGUGCUUUCCUAAAGGGGUGGACAUGAUGGCUGCCCUUGAUCUCUACUUCCAGCUGUGCUCCGUGGAGGUGACCUGCGAAUCGGGCAGCGUCAUGGCGGCCACCCUGGCCAAUGGCGGCAUCUGCCCCAUCACCGGGGAGAGCGUGCUAAGCGCCGAAGCCGUCCGCAACACCCUCAGCCUCAUGCACUCCUGCGGCAUGUACGACUUCUCGGGCCAGUUUGCCUUCCACGUGGGCCUGCCGGCCAAAUCAGCUGUGUCAGGAGCCGUCCUCCUGGUGGUGCCCAACGUCAUGGGCAUGAUGUGUCUGUCACCUCCACUGGACAAGCUGGGGAACAGCUACAGGGGGGUCAACUUCUGCCAAAGGUUGGUGUCUCUCUUCAAUUUCCACAACUACGAUAACCUGAGGCACUGCGCUCGAAAAUUAGACCCACGGCGCGAAGGGGGAGAAGUCCGGAACAAGACUGUGGUCAACCUGUUAUUUGCUGCCUCUAGUGGAGAUGUCUCAGCUCUUCGAAGGUUUGCCUUGUCGGCCAUGGAUAUGGAGCAGAAAGACUAUGACUCCCGCACCGCCCUGCACGUUGCUGCUGCUGAAGGACACAUUGAAGUUGUUAAAUUCCUGAUUGAGGCCUGCAAAGUGAAUCCUUUUGUCAAGGACAGGUGGGGCAACACCCCCCUGGACGAUGCGGUGCAGUUCAACCACCUGGAGGUGGCGAGACUGCUGCAAGACUACCAGGAGUCUUACACACCGUCUGAGACCUGGGCCGAGGCUGCAGCGGAGGCCCUGUCCAAAGAGAACUUAGAGAGCAUGGUGUGAGCAUGGGGCAUGCAUGGUCCCUGCCCAAGAAAAAGCACGAGCUGGCCACACACUUAACAUAUAACCACCAAACAUGCUACGGAGGGCCGCACGGCUUCAGUGGAGACCAGGACUAAGGCCAGUGCUUUUUGUGAAAGAGCUGAAAUACCCCGUUCCCUUGGCAGAAAAAGGAUAGAGAAGUGCCUUUUGUGGACCCCUGCAGUAGAGCUACCUGCAAAGACUGUGGGCUUCCUCUAAGUACAGACUAAUGGCUUAGCCCACUGCAGAUCAUCCCAGGUCUUCACGCAGGUCCCCUCUUCUCUCCGAAGAAGCCAUUCUGAGAGAGUGUCCAGCGGGGGGCUCUAGCCACCCUACACGUGUGUAUAUACACAGAGGAAGAGGGGGCUAUGUACCGGGCUUUGGUAGUCUGGAGACUUCCCCCUUGGCCAGAAGUGCUGCUGCUGCUAAUAGCAAUUUUAUAGACAGAGGAAGUAUUUUGUGCUCAAAUAAACUUUAAUCACACAAAUUA